ACGCCUGUCCAUCGCCGCCGCGGCAGGCUGCCCGGGAAAGCGCUAGGCCUGGAAAUGGCAUAGAAUCGCUCGUUCCCAGGUAGGUCUCGUCUCGUAGUGGAGGGGGGAGGGGGUGCCUGACAUGCGUCCUCUUUGUCUACGCAUUCAUACAUACAUACCCCUGACCGUGCCGUGCUGCUGUAUGCGCAUUCCAUCAUAACGCGCUAUUCUCUAUCGGGGUUUCCAUCAGACCCGCAAUGUGCUGGUUUCCAUUAUUCAAAUCUUCCAAGCGCCGGAAAAAGGCUCCGAGCAAAAGAGAAAGCGUGUCUGAGAAGAGCGCAUAUGACGACCAAGACGACCGUCGUCGGGGGAGGAGACAGUCGCACCAGGCGCAAAGCGCGCACUACAACACCUUUGGCGCAGCCGAUCCCCUGCGCUCACAUAAACCGCAUUUACGAGUCGACGUGCCGGAUCGAGUGAAUCGUCAUGUCCGAGUCCAUCUGCCGUCGUCGUCGACAGAAAUGCUACUAAACCCACGGCCAGAGCGCUCGCGCCAGCACCGCCAGCGACAUCACCGCUCCACCACCACUUUACGCGGACGAGGAGCGAAGCGCGAUCCUCCAGUAAAGACGAAGCGCAAGCCGCCUGGCCAGACGAAGAAAAUGCCGUCCAGCAAGUCCGCGCAGAAACAGGAGUGGCAGCGUAUCCCGUCUCCGUCAUCGGCGUCGACCUCGACCUCGUCUCGCAAACACAGAAGACACCACACGACGACACAACCGCAACAACGACAACAACAACAGCCACAGCCGCAAGACUACACUCACUACACCCAGCCCUACUAUGAAACAGCACAAUAUCGCCACUACUACGACCAAUACCGCCAAUACUACCAGCAGCAGCAGCAUUACUACACUCAAUAUCAGCAAACCCAGACCCCGGCAUAUACACGUUCACACUCUCGCACACGCUCCAAUUCCCGCCCAAACACAUCUGCCCGCCGCGCGCAGCCAACUCCCGACACGCGCUUCGCCGUGCGUGCAGCCACAAAUACCGCCCUGGAGCGCAUCCGCCGCGACGCAUUCACGCGCUCCCCACCACAGGCGCAGCAACCCGCACUCCGGCGUACGCGGGCUACAGUUGACACUGCGCAGACGCCGUUUCAUUGGGAUUGUGUGGCCGACGCAAGUUCGAGUGCCAGAGCGAGUGCGAGUGUGGGUGCGUCUGGACAGCAGAGGCGGCUGCGACGACUGUGAGGUUUAUGGAUAGAGCUUUUGAGUGGGCGUGGAGUACAGAUUAAAGGGGUUGAGGUAUAGAUUUCGUGCACAGAGAGGUUCCACUUAGGCGAUCUUCUCUUUCGUUUCCUUUCUUGGGUCUCUGGGUUUCAUCAUUUGGUGUUUACAUAGCAUAUUGACCCCCGGUGACAACAGGAGGCGCAUACAUUGUUCAUAUCAGCUAAUGCAUGGGGGUGUCCUGGAGUUAUGAUUGCACAGUUCAAGUCCGUGGCGUGAAGCUGGACGCGAGUAACAAUAUGAACUAAGAAACAUCAAGACUGCAGGUAAUUAUAGGUCUAGGUAUUGAUAUCUUAUCUUAUCACGUUACUUUUUGGUCUUCAU